AAACCGCUGAAGAAUUGGCAAUUAACGCGUCAUGCUCCUUGUAUAUCUCGGUUUCCGAUUGGUCAAUUCUAUGGGAAAGUCUAAAUGAUUCUCGGAGUUAUCUGAUCUUGUUUCAUUUCAUACGUAAAGUCAAGAGAGAGUCUGCAAGACAUAAUUGACGUCAUGGGAAAAUUUGUAACUUAGACAUACCACAAACAACACUUGUUAGAUUUUUUCACGAGACUGCCAGUAAUUUUAAGGGGACAAGACAUUGGACCAUGCAUUGAUUGUUGGAAGUCCAUGGAAUAUCUAGGAAAGAAGGGAGGAAGUAAAGAAGUCAAAAUACAUGUAUCACCAACUCCACAGAUGGAUUUCAUCAAUAAAAACUUUUUGUACAGAUCUUUGCCUUUUAAUGAAUUAGUAAAGAGAGCAGGAACAGAUAAACAAACAGAAUAUUUUAUAUCAGAUACAGAGAAGUAUUAUCUGAGAGCUGUUGGAGAUAAUCCAAGGACAGAUAUAGCAGAUAUAAAUAAACAAUUUCCAGAAUUAGCAGAAGACAUCAGUAUUCCACCAUUCUUCAGUCCAGAUCGCUUUUUCUCAAGUGUUUUCAGGAUAUCAUCAAAUGGUAUACAGUUGUGGACUCAUUAUGAUGUUAUGGAUAAUAUUUUAAUUCAAGUGACAGGAUCAAAAAGAGUUGUGCUGUUCAGUCCACAAGAUGCUAAUUAUAUGUACUUAAAUGGUGACAAGUCAGAAGUGUUAGAUAUUGAUAACCCUGACUUAGAGAAAUAUCCAAACUUUAUCAAUGCUACUCGUUAUGAAGGAGUUUUACAAGCUGGGGAUAUUUUAUUCAUUCCAGCACUAUGGUUCCACAAUGUAAUAGCAUUAGAAUUUGGUAUAGCAGUGAAUGUGUUCUGGAAACAUUUAGAUGACAAUUUGUAUGAUAACAAAGAUACAUAUGGUAACAAAGAUUUAACGCCUGCUAGUAGAGCCAUGCAGAUCAUGGACAGAGCUAUGAAAGCACUGGAGGAACUACCUGACAGUUAUAAAGAUUUCUAUGCUAGGAGACUAAUUACAAGAAUAGAGAGGAAAUGUUUACACAAGUCGUUUCCACCUUAACUAAAUAAUAAAAAUAUUUU